CAUCUUUGCCUCCUUUUCUCUGUUUUGCCGACUUUGGGGGGUUUCAAGCAUUCAAGAACCACGAUUUGAAAGCCAGAAAGAAGUUAUUAUCAUCAGGCUUCGCCUGCAGAAAGGUACUCAGGCUUGAACUUGCUGUACAUGUAAUCCUAGUGAAGUUAUAGCUAGCUUGAUCAUUUUGUACACCAGCAGCUCGACAAAAUGCCUCCGAGAAGCUGAACCUGUAGUUUCUGAACGCAGGAAGAGUCGAAAUCUGAAGUUUUCUGAUGGCUGCAAAUAAGCCUCGAACGAGUAGUUUCUCUCGCAAUGUUGCUGUUGCGCCAACGUCUCAGGUUCCUGGACUUAAGCAUGGACCCAAUGGAACAGUCUUUCUUUCGUCUGGCAUUGCGGACCUUGACAAGAUUUUAGGAGGUGGGUUUUGCUUGGGAAGUCUAGUGAUAAUAAUGGAAGAUCCAGAGGCACCUCACCAUAUGCUUUUGUUGAGGAAUUUUAUGUCUCAAGGACUGGUUCACAAGCAACCUCUUUUUUAUGCUAGUCCUGCUAAGGAGCCAAGAGGGUUCCUUGGUACUCUGCCCAAUCCAGUGUCUUCGAAAGAUGAUAAAUCUCGUGAGCGUGACACAGAACAGGAAAAGAACUUGAGAAUUGCCUGGCAAUAUAAGAAGUAUUUUGAGGAUCAAAAUUUGGAUAGCCAGAAAGAUGGAAAAGUAGAAUACUGCAAUGACUUUGACUUGCGGAGACCUUUAGACAGGCAUGCACUUAGUGGUCAGUGCAUUGAUUGUGUGAGCCUUCAAGAUUCUCCCAACCUUGCUACUCUUUAUGAUCGUUGUUCCACAUUUUUAGCUCAGAUUCCACGAUUUGAUGGCAAUAUCACAUCGGCUGGACGAAUUUCCAUUCAAUCGUUUUCUGCCCCACAGUGUCACUUUUCUGAAAAGGAAUGGGACAUGCUUAGUUUCAUCAGAUCUUUGAAAAGUUUGGUAAGGUCUUCAAAUGCUGUUGCAGUUAUGACAUUUCCACCUACCCUUGUUUCACCAACUGUUCUGAAGAGAUGGCAGCAUUUGGCUGACACAUUGCUUUCAGUAAGAGCAGUUCCAGAUGAGGACAAGGAUCUAGCAAAGCUUCUAACUGGUUACCAGGACAUGCUUGGCCUUCUCAAUGUACACAAAGUGGCAUGUAUUAACACGCAGGUUCCAGUGAUUCUGGAGGCAACCACAUAUUCAAUGAAACUACACAAGCGGAGAUCCUUAGUUUUAGAAUGUCUGAAUCAAGCUCCAGUAGAUGGCUCAAGUGGCACUUCUUAUGGUACUUCUGGUAGUUGUUCUGUGUCGUCUAAGACAGGUGCUCUCGACUUUUAGGUGACUUGUACAACAGCUACAAUUUGCGGUUGAAGCAGUUUAAGGUUGGCGAUUGAUGGGUCAAUCCAUUUGAUUGGUAUGAUUGUGGACCACAGCGCCAUGUUUGGUUGGAACUCCUUUUUGUCUUGCUUUGUGAUAAUCGAGAAUCAGCAUACAAUCUUAUAGCAAAAAAAUGGAAUCCUGCAGUCUGCUUUUAUUUCUUUUACGGGUUCUUGUACAUGGUGAGAUGCACAAAGAAAGUAAAGUUUAACUUGGGAUGCAAUUAGUCGCCUUGGAAAAAAUAAUAAAUGUAAUGCAAUUAGUUACUCCUGUAAA